ACGAUCCGCGUUCGGAGGGUAAUGUUUACUCCGCUGCCCUCGCGACUAAAAGCAAACCCUUCGCCCUUCUUCGCGUCGAUCCUGCCUCUCCGUCAGGUGCAUUUAUUUUUCAGCGUUUGUAAUGAUGACUCAGAGCUAGAUUUUAUUUAUGUGGCUUUCAAACUGAGGAGUUGAUUUAAUCAAAAGGACUUGGAGAAAUGGCAGAGAGCAUGGUAUCAAGCUUUUGGGGGCCUGUGACUUCCACAACAGAGCUGUGUGAAGAAAACUAUGCUCAUUCCUCGUAUAUUGCAGAAUUUUAUAAUACUAUCUCCAACAUUCCUUGUAUUAUUUUGGCACUCAUCGGCCUUAUAAAUGCUUUAAGGCAACGAUUUGAGAAAAGAUUUAGCAUUCUUCACAUCUCAAAUAUGAUACUUGCCAUUGGGAACAUAGUGUUCCAUGCCACCUUACAGCAUGUAGUCCAACAAAGCGAUGAAACACCAAUGCUCUGGGAAAUGCUUCUCUACCUCUAUGUCCUCUACUCACCUGACUGGCAUUACAGAAGCACAAUGCCAACUUUCUUAUGUCUGUAUGCUGCUGGUUUUGCAGCUACCCAUUUAGUAUUGCGUGUCGAUGUCUUAUUCAAGGUACAAUACAUUCUCCUCUGUCUUCUCUGUGUUCCAAGGAUGUACAAAUACUACAUACAUACUAAAGAUUCUGGAGCUAAGAGGAUUGCGAAGUUCUAUGUAGCAACACUUCUUCUGGGAUGCCUAUCUUGGUUGGUAGAUCACUUUUUCUGUAAGAAGCUUUCUAUCUGGUAUAUAAACCCUCAGGGCCAUGCUUGGUGGCAUGUGUUCAUGGGAUUUAAUUCUUAUUUAGUGAACACUUUUCUAAUGUUUUGUCGCGCCCAACAACUCGGAUGGAAUCCCCGUAUCGCCCAUCUGUUUGGAUUGUUCCCUUAUGUUAGGAUUCAGAAAACUAAGGUUCAGUGAUGAGAUCCAAAAAUGUGCUUGAAAACCGAGAUUAUAUUUGAAAUUUGGAAGUUGGGUUUGUACAAAAUAUUGAUGAUGGUCAUCUAAUUUUGUGGGUUUCUAAGAUUAAUUGUUGUUUUGUAGUAUGCUUUGAAUUAUAUUUUCUUCAGGUACUUAGGUUGAAACUUGAAAUGACUUUUUGAUACAUUC